AUGGCACUGAAAGAGCGUAGUCCCGAAACCCCCAAAACCUCCUCCAAGAAUCCACGAGUUCCUUUGCGAUCAAUUGAUACAUAUGCUGCACAGUGCGACAAAUGCUUAAAAUGGAGGGUGAUUGCAACCGAAGAGGAGUAUGAGGAGAUCAGAAGUAAAAUGGAAGAGAAUCCAUUUGUUUGCGACAGAAAACCUGGUGUGUCUUGUGAUGAUCCUGCUGACAUUGAUUACAAUGCCACUCGAACAUGGGUCAUUGAUAGGCCUGGCAUUCCUAAGACCCCAGAAGGUUUUAAAAGGAGCUUGGUGCUUAGACGUGAUUUCUCCAAAAUGGAUGCUUACUAUAUCACACCCACAGGAAAGAAGCUGAGAACACGGAACGAGAUAGCAGCAUUUAUAGAAGCAAAUCCAAAAUACAAAGAGGUAAACCUAUCCGACUUCAAUUUUACGUCUCCAAAGGUAAUGGAAGACACCAUCCCUGAUGAUGCCGUGAGAAAGAUUUCUUCUAGUGGAAAUGGCAACAAAAAGAAGGCAUCAAAGGAAGCUUCAACUUGA